AUGUCCACUGGGCGAGUGAAGGAUCCAGAAUUAAACAUGGCUGCGGUUCAUUUCUUGGAAUUCAUCAAUAGAGACGUCAGCGCUUUGAACGGACCUAUCGACUAUUCAAAACAUGGAAUUAACUGUUGCGACUCAAAAGCAAUAGAUACCCGAUGUAACCCCAUAGAGGUCCCCGAUGACGACCCUUAUCUAAAAGUGACAAAUAUACGAUGUCUGAACUUCUCCCGCGCCGAAACUUUUCAAGAUAUAGGAUGUACACCUCAAAUAAAACACCCCGAACAGAUUAAUUACCAAACACCAACAAUAGAUUUGUCAACUGUAUAUGGAGUAAACGAAAAGGCUUUAAGUACUGUUAGAGAAUUUAAAAAUGGGUUACUACGUGAAGAAAAAAUAGCAAUACCUACUAAUAACAAUACCGAAGAUAUUUGUAUUCAAUACAGAGACAACGAAACAAUUUGUUAUAAAUUUGGAUAUCCAGAAAUAGCUAAGUUCGAUAUUAGAACAACAACCUUCAGCCUUUUCUUUACGAGGGAGCACAACAGAUUGGCCAGAGCACUCCACAAAAUUAACCCUUGUUGGAAGGAUGAUCGGUUAUUCAAGGUAGCAAGGAUGAUCAAUAUUGCAACAGCCGCUCAUAUGUUCAUGUAUGAACUUCUACCAGAAAUUAUGGGUUAUAGGAAUAUGAUAAAUCAUGGUUUGAUAUCAAAAUACGUUGAACAUGUGACUACAUAUGAUGAAGAUGCAGUACCUUUGGUAUACGCUGAGUAUGAACUCGCAAUGAAGUUCUUUCAUACUUUAUGGGAUGGCAGAAUCAAAAAAUAUGAUAAAAAUCUGCAUUUUGUCGGAGAAUUGUCCAUAAGUGAUACAUUAUUUAGACCAGAUUUAAUCAAAAAUAAUACAGACUUCAAAAAUAUCAACCGAGGUACAUUUUUCCAAAAUGCUGGACGAAUUGACGAUAUAAUUGAUCCUGAGAUUUCAGAGAAUUUCUACGGUAGAAUAGAAAAAGCACAUGACGUUCUUGCUGCUGAUAUACAAAGGGGCAGAGAUCUAAGAGUACCAGGAUAUAACAAGUAUAGAAAGAUGUGUGGUAUGACAACUGCCAAGAAGUUUGAAGACUUUUUAGAUGCUAUGAAUAUCGAGAAAAUGGAGGCCUUAAAGGCACUUUACGACGACGUAGACGACGUAGACUUAUUCGCUGGUAUUGUUACCGAAAACUUCGUCCAAGAAGCCCACGUAGGACCCACCCUGUACUGCAUUAUGGCAAAGCAAAUUCAAAUAUUCAGAUUCGCUGACCGAUUCUGGUUCGAGAGAGGCGACCAGUUUCAUAGCUUUUCGUUAUCUCAAUUACACGAGAUCAGAAAAAGCAAUAUGGCGCGGUUUGCAUGUGACAAUGCCGAUAUCGAAUUUAUUCAGCCACGUGCAUUCCACAUUCCUGGCCCUGGUCACCAAAAUGUACCGGUAGCCUGUAUUCAAAUACCAGGACCCAACCUAAACGCGUGGCGAGACAACAGCUGCCAGAAAGCAGUACUAAAAACAAACCAUACAUCUUCAGACACUAAAACUAUUUAUGUUCAACAACCUUACGCUACUAAUCACUAUGUCUCAAUUUAUAAUACCUUAUUUAGUUAUAAACCUAAUUAA